AUGGAUGAGCUCGAGCUUUUCACGGAUGCCGUCGAUAGAUGGGACGUUAAUGCAACGGGCAAACUUCCAGAGUACAUGAAGAUAUGUUUUAUAGCCCUCUUCAACACUACAAAUGAUACCGCAUACAAUGUUAUGAAAGAGAAGGGUCUUGCAACCCUUGGAUUCAGUGGGCAGAUGUAUGCAAGGCACACAUGGUGGAAGCAAGGUGGUGGUAGCACCAGGGCUACACACCCAUCGUCUUGCAUUCUUGCUUAUUGCACCAGUGACGAUGUAAGUCAAGAGACCUUGGAAGACUUCCACAGCUGUCCUGAGAUUGCAAGACGGUCAUCCAUGAUCCUUCGACUUUGUGAUGAUUUGGGUACUUCCAAGGUCGAGCUUGAAAGAGGCGAUGUGUCCAAAUCUAUCCAGUGCUGCAUGCAUGAGAGCAGUUUAUCGGAGUAUGCGGCUCGUGAGUAUAUCGGGCGAUUGAUUAGGAAAAAUUGGAGAGCAAUAAACGGAGAUCAAAGUUUCACUUCUCGAUUUGAGGAAAACCUGAAAAUGAUGUUCAUCAAUAUCCCUCGAAUGGCCCAAUGCAUGUACCAAUACGGAGAUGGACAUGGGAAAUCCGAUCGAGUAAUUGAGGAUCGCAUCAGGUCUUUGUUGAUUGAACCUAUACUUCUGUAA